AUGAAUGUGCAUCUUUCAGUGCUUUUGAUGGUACUAGACCUCCAGUCCAUUUUGACUGAUGACACAAGAGCCACAGCCUGUGGCGGGGCCUCCUCUCGCAGUGCGAGCCGCAGAAAGAGGACCAGCUUUUCCAAAGAGCACGUGGAGCUCCUACGGGUCACCUUUGAGACCGACCCGUACCCUGGCAUCAGCCUCAGAGAGAGUCUAUCCCAGACCACAGGGCUUCCAGAGUCCCGCAUCCAGGUGUGGUUUCAGAACAGGCGAGCUCGUACGCUAAAGUGCAAAGGUGCCAAGAAAGCCCUAUGGCAAGCUGAUAGUCCAAUUGCUUCAGGUUCACAUCCCACCGUGGCCAGAGGGCCUCAAAGUGGCCCGGUCUCCAUGGGGCGACAAGGUGCCCCGCCAUCCUACCCUACCCGCGUGAAGGAAGAGAGAGAGGAAUCUUGCUUCUGUGGACCGUGCCCUCCAGCGUACCCCACUGUUGAGGAUCACCAACAUUACGGCUCCAUGUACACCCGCCAUCAGAGCACGCCAUUGAACAACAGCUCCGGUUCGCACCUGAGGGGCUACUGGCCCCAACCGAGCUUCCAAACAGACCCUAUGACCCCUCUGUGCUAUGGCGCCAACACCGCUGGGCCACACAACUACAUGGCCCGCAGUGGUUCUCACUCCUCCAGCCCCGACACCCCCGAUUCGGGAUACUGGGACGUCAGCCUGGAAAGCAGCCCGCUGCCGGAGGGUCAUUACUCGCAGGUGGAUGAUUCGUGGAACCUUCUGGGAGGUUGCAGGGCAUCGGGAUUUCCAUCACUGGCCCAACCUGCGCCUUUGCCUGAGCUGUCCCUGCAGGAGAUUCUUAGAGAGUUGGAUGAGAACUGGCUGGGGGGAGAAGAACUGGAUAGCCAUGCUACUCACGAGAAAAUGGCUCCGUGUUGA